UCUUUAAGUGAGUAAAGUAUGGAAGAUAAAACCCACUUCCAUAAGACGGCUUGAUUAGGAAAAUUGAAUUGAUUUUCGUGACAAGCAAGCUUCUGAGCUUUCUUAACCGAUGGGCAAUCGAUUGCUUUACUUGCAACCCUAAAGCUGACUGACCAACCCAACUUUAUCAUCAUCGUCAUCAUCAUCUCCUUCUUCUUCUUCUUCACUCUCUUCCUUUCUAUCUAUCUAUCUAUCUAUCUAUCCAUCUAUCUAUCUGGGUUAAUCAUGGGCCACGAUCUGGGUCUUGGCCAAAAUCUCCCAGCGCCGCGUCCACCGACGUCUCUAGCACCUGGGUUUCGUUUCCAUCCUACAGAUGAAGAACUUGUUCAGUAUUACCUUAAGCGUAAGGCAUGCGCUAAACCAUUCAGGUUCGAGGCCGUGACAGAAAUCGAUGUUUACAAAUCUGAGCCAUGGGAGCUUCAAGUUCAUUCAAGGGUAAAGAAUCGAGACCUAGAGUGGUAUUUCUUCAGUCCUGUAGACAGGAAAUAUGGAAACGGAUCUCGGUUGAAUCGCGCAACUGGUAAAGGGUAUUGGAAAGCAACGGGAAAAGAUAGAUGUGUUCGUCAUAAAGGUGAAACGAUUGGGAUGAAGAAAACACUGGUUUUCCAUAGUGGAAGAGCACCCGAUGGAAAACGGACCAAUUGGGUUAUGCACGAGUACAGAUUAGCAGAUGAAGAUGUGGAGAAACCUGGGCUAGUACAGGAUGCAUUUGUAGUGUGUAGAAUCUUCCAGAAGAGUGGUUUAGGACCUCCUAAUGGGGAUCGUUAUGCUCCCUUCAUUGAAGAGGAAUGGGAUGAUGAAGGCUUGACCUUGUUUGUUCCCGGAGGAGAUGAAAUGGGUAAUGGAGAUCAUCCUGUUGAAGAAGAACAAGAUGAAAAUGAAGCGAAUGAUGAAACGAAUGAGUAUGAACAUUCAAUUGGGAAUGUGAAGGCUCGUCCUCUUCUAGCUGAGUUGUUACCAAAUGAGCGUACGAGAAAUAUACCCUUUGAUUGCAAGAGGGAAAGAAGAGAAGAACAACAUGAAGAAGAAGAAGAUGAUGAUCCAGAACCAAUUUCCUUGGGUGGGGGUGGAAGAAGGAGCAAAAGAGCGAAGAAUGACGAUCCAAACUUGAAUGGUUCAGAAGAAGAUUCGAAUAUCGUCCAUGAUCUUUGCAUAUCGACUAGGACUAAUAAUGCUAAAACGAUGCCUUCUUCUGGAUUUUUGGAGUUGCCAUUGUUAUUUGGAGGAGGAGGAGGAGGAUCCAAUAAUAAUAAUAUUGGGAGAAAAGAGAAUAAUAAUAAUGAAGAGGCAGUUGUGGUUCCUUUUCAUCAUGCAUCUAAUCUAGAGAAAUGUGUUCCACCAGGGUAUCUGAAAUUCAUCAGUAAUCUGGAGAAUGAGAUCCUGAAUGUUUCAAUGGAAAGGGAGACUUUGAAGAUCGAAGUGAUGAGGGCACAAGCUAUGAUCAACGUUCUUCAAUCGCGAAUUGACCAUCUCAGCAUGGAAAACCAAGACCUGAUCAGAAGGUUCGGUCGCUGAAAUUCCCCUUCAUCAAUCCAUCCUUGGAUCAAGAUCAAGGCAGAAGGUGUAAUCUUUUUUCUUUUUCUUGUCUUUCUGCAAACUGGCUACUUUGAUGUUGUAUGUGAAGGAUUCUUCUUGUUGAGUUUUGACUCCCUUUUGCAUUAAUUAGAAUAAUAACAAAAUGUUUACUUUA